ACAAGAUGGUGGUGGUGGUGGUGGGACGAGCAUGGCGGGCCAGGGCGCGAGCGACAGGGGUGGGGCGAUGGCUCCCGGGCUCUUUUCGGUGGGCUCAUCAGCCCAAUGUGGCGGGAUGGCAGCUGAAGGUUGGCCUUGAGAUUCAUGCUCAGAUUGCUGCGCAUAGCAAGAUCUUCUCGUCAGCCCCCGUCCGCUUCAAUGCAGCACCCAAUACCUUGGUGCAGCCCAUGGACUUGGCGCUGCCAGGCGCCCUGCCGGUGUUGAACAAGCGUUGUGUUGAAGCCGCCAUCCGUACUGCACUAGCCUGCGGCGCUCGUCUCAAUCACGAGUCUUUCUUUGACCGAAAGCACUACUUUUACCAUGACUUGCCAGCUGGCUACCAAAUCACUCAACAGCGUGUUCCCAUCGCUGAAGAGGGCACUAUUGCUGCUGGCUUUGAACCCGAGGCACCCCUUGUUCGUUUGCAAAGAAUUCAACUUGAGCAAGACAGUGGCAAAAGUGUUCACACGCAUGGCGCGACGACCCUGGUAGACUACAACCGUGCAGGCGCAGGCUUGAUGGAGAUUGUAACAGAGCCCGACUUGACUUCGAGCACGGCUGCCAUGAAUUUUGUCCGACAGCUCAUUCACAUCCUGACGGCACUCGAGGUGAACGAUGGCAAGCUGGCAGAGGGCUCGCUGCGCGUCGAUGCCAACGUAAGCGCUCAUUGCCCAGCGCGUGGCAUCGAUGGCCCGCGCAGCGAGAUCAAAAACAUCAACGGCAUGCGUUUUUUGAAGAAAGCCAUCGAUUUUGAGUUUGCUCGCCACGUUCAACUCCUCGAGGCCGGUGAAACACUCGUGCGCGAAACGCGCUACUACGAUGCGGCCACCAAGUGCGCUACGACGAUUGCCAUGCGCUCAAAGGAAGAUGACCUCGAUUACCGCUUCAUGCCAGAUCCUGACUUACCCCCUCUUGUUUUGACGGAAGCCGAGGCAAGGCAGCGUCUCAGCCAAUUGGAUGCACCACCGCAGAUUGCUCAUGUACAAAAGCGCCUACCUGAGCUUCCACGAGCCCGGGUCCAUCGCUGGGUCCAGGACUAUGGUUCGUAUCCCAUGCACUUGAUGUGCGCAGAGCAAUCACAACUCGCGCCACCAAGUUUCCCCAUGCUGAGCCAAAGAAGCAGGCCAUUGGGCAAGCUCACUCACAAUAGUGGCUCCUGA